GGUCUGCUGACCGGCUUUUCGACAGGUGAAGACAGAUUCCCGACGCCAAAAUUUUGUUUCGAAGACGCCGUCGGCCUGUCGCUUGCACCCAUUGACCUUUUCAUCAUCAGCCGCCAGCUCGGAAGCCUUACAACCAUGACGUGCUUUAUGUCGUUCACAGUGUAUUUGACUGUCUUGCUCAGUUUGACAGCGCAACCGAGCUCAUCGCAGCAACCACCAACACAGAACUCAGCGUCUCAGAGAGCGAAUCCUGAAGUUGCGAACGAGAUACGCAAGAAAUAUGCGGGCGGUGGUUUCGUCCGAGACAUGGACCAUAUCAAGGAGGAUCUGAGGCACUUGAUCCAAUUCGCAGACGACGGCGUUUUCACACCGCAAGAAUCGAUUUUCUACUUAUUGAGAAUGCACGAUUUUGACGACAACAAUCAUCUGGACGGAUUGGAACUUAUGCGAGCAUUCGGCCACGCUCACGGACAAGACGGAGCUCACGAGGCGGCGGGAGAAGUUCCUGUGGAGACUCUCGAGGAGCUCGUUGACACCACAAUGAAGUAUGACAGCAAUGGAGACGGAUUGUUGAGUUAUGCCGAGUGGGUGAAAGGUCACGCCUCUCAAUGAGCAUACCGAGUUUCCGAUUCGAAUCCGUCAAGCCAUCGCGACCGUGACUUUUGCUUGAUCGCGACGCUCAAGUAAGCCGCCGACACAAUCAGGAACCGAGCGCAGAGAUGCGAUGAUUCCUCUUUGGUGUAGGCUCGUGUAUCAUCGAUUGGGAUCGAAAGUGUAUAUUCCGUUCGAAGUUCCGAGGAGGGGUAUCCGAUCGUAGUCUUCUGACCAUUCCCGUAUUGUAAGUUCCUCCCCGACCCUAAUGUCAUUCAUGAUCACGAAAGACGGCGAGAAAUAAAGAAGAGUUUCUUUC